AUGAAUAUUCAAAUUCUUCUCAUCCUUUCGCUCGUUGGAUUCGGAGCAGCUGGAUUGAUUUCUGAUUUAACCAAUGGAUUAACUGGAGGAAUUAAAAAUCUGCUCAACAAACUUGACUCGGAUUUGAAGAACGAGCUUGAAGAAAACUAUCCGAAGCUUGGAGAAUGGGUCAAGAAGCGAAUCGAUGAAGGACUUGAUGUUGGAAAUAGCGAAAAAGAGAAUGUCGAAGCAAUUGCUGGAGAAUUACUCAAUCCCAAUGUUGAAGUACCGGAGGAAGUAGAGAAAGAAGGACCAGGUUUCUUGAGUCAGUACAGAGAGCAACUGCGAGCCGCAUUCGAUAAACUUUUGGAGAAAAUCAUAGAAGAAUUCGAACAUGGAAAAGAUAUAUCGGAUAGAACAUUGGAACGAAUUCGAGACUAUUUAGAGGAAUUGAAGCAACAUGGAGGACUUGAAACUGGAAACAAAUCGGUUGAAAACUUAAAAGCUAUUGCUCGAGAAUUUGUCAAUCACGCUCGCAGUACAUUGAAGGCUGUAGCAACCGAAACAUUGGAGUACUUGAAACCGUACAAAGAUGAUCUAGGAUCGUUGUAUGACCACGUGAAGGAAAGCGUUAAAGAAAAACUCAAAAAUAAUGCUUGA